UGGUCCUGGAAUGGUUCUGUUAUACAUGUUGAUAAUCUACUCAUCUUCCAAGCAGCAAGUUGUAAACCCCAUAAAGCAAAACAGGAUAUUGGAAGUCCUACAACAUAUCAUAGCCUUUGUUGAAUAUUACCAACAAAAGGCACCAGCAGCCACAAUUGAUCUUCACACCAUCACGCACACCAACACCACCACCUCUCACUACUUACUACUGUAUCAGUCUCUCCCUUGAACAGUUGAGCUUCAGUGAGGCUUUUAUUAAAGUCUCGUCCUCUCCUCUUCUUCCUGUUAUUGAUUUGUUUAUUAUAUAUGUAGUGAGAUCAAGGAGAAUGUAGGAGAGAGAGGAGGUUUCUAUAAAAGGAAACUACCAUUAGCCACCAUCAUUUUCUUCCACCUAAAAUGGCCUUCAAGAGAGCAAUGUUGGUUCUAAUAUUAUUUCUUCACCAAUACCUUCUACUAGUCUUUUGUCAUGGCUACCAACACUCCUUGCUCACAGACAAAGCUGCUCUGUUAGCCUUCAAAAUGGCCAUAGUAUCUGACCCAAACUCUGUACUGACUAACUGGGAUGAAGCCCCCAACGUUUGCAACUUCACCGGAAUCAUGUGUGAUUGGCGGCACCAUCGUGUGGUAAGACUCCUACUCAAUGGAACUCUUAUUGGUUGUCGGCUUUCUUCCUCCAUUGCAAAUCUUACUGGCCUUCGUUACAUUUUUCUCUCCGAUAACUACUUAUACGGCAUUAUUCCACCUGAACUAGCAUCCCUUCGACAUCUCAUAAAACUUUGGCUUAAUGGUAAUAGUCUACAAGGUAGGAUACCAAAGCCUCUCUCCCUCCUUUCUAAGCUUAUUUCUAUCCGCCUUUCCGAAAACAAUCUUACUGGUACAAUUCCAUCUUCUAUCUUCUCAAACUGCACCUCCUUGGUGUAUGUAGACCUCUCUGAAAACAAACUCACUGGAAAUAUUCCAGCAGAGAUUGGAAUUCCAAAGGGUAUAUGGAACAUCAAUCUAUUUACAAAUUCCUUGAAUGGAAAAAUUCCGGCAACUCUGUCAAAUUUGUCAAACUUGCUUCAAUUGGAUGUGGAAAACAACUUCCUUUCUGGUGAAUUGCCGACAGAAAUUGUUGAGAACCAAAAAGGCCUUUUCCAUCUUCAUUUAUCCUAUAACAAUAUGAUUAGCCAUGACAACAAUACUAAUCUUGAGCCAUUCUUCACCUCCCUCACAAAAUGUCCCGAUCUGACAGAGCUUGAAUUGGCAGGUAUGGGACUUGGGGGAAGAUUGCCCAAUACCAUAGGUCAACUCGGAAACGGCGGAUUAAUGUAUCUUGAACUACAAGGAAACCUAAUUGUUGGGCCGAUCCCUCCAAACAUUGCAAACCUCUCAAAUCUCACACUGUUGAACUUGUCAAGCAACCAUUUAAAUGGAAGCAUUCCAGUAGAGAUUGGUGGUUUCAAAAUCCUACAACAACUUGUACUGUCUAACAACUCAUUAACAGGUGCAAUUCCAGCCACACUGGGACAGAUUACUUCUUUGGGUCUACUUGACUUGUCAAAGAACAGUUUAAUUGGAGAGAUUCCACCAAGUCUAGGGAAUCUUAGUCAACUAACUUAUUUGUUCCUCAACAACAACCUGCUUUCAGGAUCCUUACCUCCUGAGAUAGGUCAGUGCAAGAACUUGUACAAGCUAGAUUUGUCUUAUAACAGAUUAAAAGGUAUGAUCCCUCGAGAAAUAUUAUCUGGUCUUAGUGAGAUCAGAAUGUUCUUGAAUCUUUCUCACAAUUUUCUUGGAGGGAAUUUUCCGAUCGAAAUUAGCAAGAUGGAAUCAGUUCAAGAGAUUGAUCUGUCAGCAAACAAUCUGUCUGGAAACAUCUUCCCUCAAUUGGCAAACUGUAUUGCUGUUACCUUAAUCAAUCUGUCCUAUAAUUCUCUUGAAGGCCAGCUUCCUCCAUCUUUAGGUGACCUACGGAAUCUUGGGGUUCUUGAUGUUUCCAACAAUCACUUAUCUGGCGGAAUCCCUGGAAGCCUCAGCAGAUGUCCUAGUCUCACUCUAUUGAAUCUUUCAUUUAAUGACUUCAAUGGAUCAACACCUUCAGGUGGCAUUUUCAAUUUGGUGACAAAUCUUUCUUUCUUAGGCAACAUUCAUCUAUGUGGAUCAGUUCCAGGCACACAUGUUUGCAACAAAAAGAGAUACUGGAUUCAUUCACGUAAAAAAUUGAUCAUGGUUUGCGUAAUCGGAUCUGCUUCAGCAUUCUUAGCCACAGUAGUUUGUGUCAUUGGACUGAGGCGCAUCAGAGGAAUGUUUUCGAUCAGUAGCAAAGAGGGAGGAGCUUUCAGUGAUUCCACACCUGCACUGAUGUCCAAAAUUCCCAGAAUAAGUUACCGAGAACUUUCAGAGGCUACAAGAGGAUUUGAUGAGGAGAGACUGAUAGGAUCAGGUGGCUAUGGACAUGUCUAUAAGGGAGUUCUAGGGGAUGGGACUGUUGUAGCAGUCAAAGUGCUAAAGCUGCAAACUGGAAAUUCUACAAAGAGCUUCAACAGAGAAUGCCAAGUCCUGAAAAGGAUUCGUCACAGGAACCUGAUGAGAAUCAUAACUGCAUGUAGCUUACCAGAUUUUAAGGCUCUUGUUCUUCCUUAUAUGGCAAAUGGGAGCUUGGAGAGCCAUCUUUAUUAUCCACAUCAACAUGUAGAGACAGGUUUGUGUUCAGGUUCUUCAAAUUUGAGCUUGAUCCAGAGGGUAAACAUUUGUAGUGAUAUUGCUGAAGGGAUGGCUUAUUUACACCAUCACUCGCCAAUUAAAGUUAUACAUUGUGACUUGAAGCCAAGUAAUGUUCUCCUCAAUGAUGAAAUGACUGCUUUGGUUUCUGAUUUUGGGAUUGCAAGGUUGGUGAUGAAAGUUGGAGUUGGAAAUACUGGGGCUGUUGAGAACUUGGGGAAUUCUACAGCAAAUAUGUUAGCAGGGUCAGUUGGAUACAUUGCACCAGAGUAUGGAUAUGGAUCAAAUACAUCGACAAAAGGUGAUGUUUACAGCUUUGGCAUUUUAGUACUUGAGAUGGUCACUAGAAAAAGACCUACCGAUGACAUGUUUGUCGGUGGUUUAAGCCUUCAUAAAUGGGUGAAAUGUCACUACCAUGGCAGGGUGGAGAAGGUGAUAGACUCUUCUCUGAUGACAGCUGCAAGAGAUCAGGCCCCUGAAGUUCAGAAGAUGUGGGAAGUAGCAAUAGGUGAAUUGAUCGAAUUGGGCUUGCUUUGUACUCAAGAGGCUCCAUCUACUAGACCGUCCAUGCUUGAUGCAGCUGAUGACUUGGAUCGCCUAAAGAGAUAUCUUGAUGGUGAUACGACUGCAACAUUUGCCUCUUCGCUUGGGAUAUCAUCUUUUACUGUUGAUGAAGAUUACUAA